CCUCACUCGACUUCACACCAACUACGCUCAUCAAAGAACAUAAGGAACUUAUAGAAGGAACGAUGCCCAUAGUCAAAUUCCAGCCCUUCUCCUCCCUCGUGCAUCCCACCCUCUGGCACGAACUCACCCGUGUCAAACUCGACGUCCUCCACCUCUCGGACGCUUCUGUGCCGCUGACAGGCUCAUACAGCACCGGCAAGACGAUUCGGGAUCGGAAUACAGGGCAGGAUGUGGCGCUGGGGUGUAAUUUGAGUGUUGGGGGUGAGGGAUUUGAGGGGGAUUUUGGAAAGAGUUUGGGCCCGGGAACGGUGGCUGCGAGUGGGACGUUGAAGAAUUAUAAUACGAUCGAGGAGUUCAAGAAUGCGGAUAAACACGCUUUGUUCAAUCAGGCCGCCGACGAGAUCUGGAACUCCAUCCUCACCACCCGCUCCACCUCCCUCCUCACCCACUUUCUCGUCAUCACCUUCGCCGAUCUCAAGAAAUACAAAUAUUACUACUGGUUCGCCUUCCCUGCGUUCACUGCGAAACCGGCGUGGGAGGUCGAGGGGGAGUGGGUUGGGGCUGGCGAGGAGAGGGCGUUGGGGGAUGCGGAGAUGAGCUCGAUACACGCACGGUUGGCGGGUACGACGCCCACGAAGGCAUUCUUCCUCGUCAAGCCUUCGAAGACGAAGGGAGGGGUGGAGAUAGCACCGGUGGAGGAGUGGGCUUCGUUCUUUGAGGGUGUGGCGAAUGAGGAUCGCACGAUCGCAUUCAUAGAUCCCUCCCCGCACCCGCAAAACCCAGGUUGGCCGCUCCGCAACCUCCUCGCUGCGUUGAGGGCUUGGUAUCCCGCUGCUACGUCCGGAGCAUUGAGAAUAUUAUGCUGGAGGGAUGGGGAAGUCCCGCAUGUUGGGGAAGAUGGCAAGAAGGAAUGGAAAUCUAGAUUCGGCAUCCUCCACGCCGGUCCACCCGAGAGUGCAGUGAGCGAGACACAGAAACCGGGCGCGGUAGGUUGGGAAAGGAACGUGCAGGAUAAGAUGGGAGCAAGGAUGGCGGAUUUGGCGCCGAUGAUGGAUCCGAAGCGCCUCGCAGACCAAGCAGUCGACCUCAACCUCAAACUGAUGCGCUGGCGCAUCCUGCCCGAGCUCGAUCUGGACAAGAUCGCGGGCACGCGGUGUUUGUUACUUGGCGCGGGGACGUUGGGGUGUUAUGUGGCUAGGACGUUGAUGGGCUGGGGCAUCCGCACCAUCACCCUCGUCGACUCCGGCCGCGUCUCGUUCUCGAAUCCGGUCCGCCAGCCGCUGUUCGAAUUCGAAGACUGUGUGGAUGGCGGGAAGCCCAAGGCGGAGUGUGCGGCGGCGAGGUUGAAGAAGAUUUUCCCGGGGGUUAACGCAACAGGCCACACCCUCUCCAUCCCCAUGCCCGGACACCCGAUCCCACCCUCCGCUAAUUCUAUCGCCCAAUGCAAAGCCGACGUCGCAAAGCUCGAAAAGCUCGUGGACGAACACGACGCGGUGUUCCUUUUGAUGGACAGCAGGGAGAGUCGGUGGUUGCCUACUGUUUUAGGGAGCGCGAAGGGCAAGAUGGUGCUCAAUGCGGCGCUGGGGUUCGACACAUACCUUGUUAUGAGACAUGGAGCGCGUACGCCUGCGCCUACACCUGAGAAGACGAGUGGGGGUGCCAACACGCCGGAGAGGCUGGGGUGUUAUUAUUGUAAUGAUAUUGUUGCGCCUGCGGACAGCUUGACGGAUAGGACGCUCGAUCAGAUGUGUACGGUGACGAGGCCGGGGCUGGCUAGUAUCGCCGCGAGCACGGCCGUCGAGCUUUUGGUGUCGAUGAUACAGCAUCCUGCGGGCAUCCACGCCCCACCCCCACCCGCCACCUCCGCCUCCUCCCGCUCCGACAACUCGAACACCAUAAACGCCGACGCCAACAACGGCGUGCUGGGACAGGUGCCGCAUCAACUAAGAGGGUUCCUCGCGCAGAGUUUUAGGAAUAUGCCGAUUGUGGGGGCGGCGUAUGGGAGGUGUACGGGGUGUAGCGAGACGGUCCUCAAAGAAUACGAAUCCAAAGGCUUCGACAUGCUCCUCCGCGCGUUCAACGAGACGGGAUACCUCGAGGAACUCACUGGCCUUGCGGACCUGCAUAAAGAGGGGGAGCAGGCGCUCGAGGCGGUCGAUUGGGACGAGGAGGAUGGCGGGGAGGGGGAUGAUUUCUGAGGCUCUCCAUCGAUUACUUGAGGAGAUGGGAGUAUCGUGAGAAAGGGUGUAAGAUGGCAUGGUGGGGAGGAAGCUGGGUGGCUUUAUGAUCUUAACGAACAUGAUGAUGCGAUGAGUGUAGGAUUUUUUUGGAACGGAACGGAACGGAAGGAUAGAUGAACCUUGAUGUAUGCUUUUCUUUCUCUUGUUUGUAUCUCGAUCUCCUUGUGUAUCUUGUGUACCAUUCAGAUGGAAUCUGUCGCGUUUUGGCG